UUACACAUUCGUAUAUGAGAAUACACACGUAUUGGUUGAUGGGUCAGUUCGUCUUAUAAAGUAAUUAUGUAUGAUAAUGGAGGUAGUGGAUCUAAGAGAGACAAGUGUUUGUUUGUGUCUCUUGCGUGAGAACUUGUGUGUAUGUUUGAUUUGUACAUCAGUAAGUGUUGAAUUGGAUGUUGCUAAUAUGUGGACCAGAGAUCCCACCCAGAUACUUCUUUUUCCCUUUAUGUACACCAUUCAAUUUAAAUCCAACUAAUAUUUUACACAUUUUCGGUAACAUUAACUACGUUUCAAUGUGCCCCGAAGAUAGUAAAUUAGUAGAUUAAUUGAUAAACUCGCUUUAUUUUGUACUGUAGAUCUUUUAAUUAUUUAAUUGCUUUCCAUUAGAAACUAGCUAGGCAAAAAGAAAAGUGUACAUCCACGUAAUAGUUGCAUCUUCUUAUGAUUGAAGUAAUUAGUUACAUUUUCUUGUUACACAUAUUAAACAUGAUACUAUAUAUGAAUAUCUGUUGCAGCCAAAAAAAAAAAAAAAAAAAAAACUAGAAAUAUCUAUUAAUUGAAGAUUAAGUUUAUAAAUUCUAAUUAGUAAAGAUUGUAAAUGAUGGAACAAAUGCAUUAUGCUAUAAUCAUCAUGAUUUGUUGAGAAUAUGAUACCCCAACUUAUGUUUAUAUAUACAAAAUAAAUGUUCGAAUGUUUUCUUUUCUCACUAAUUAAUUUCUUUCUAUACGAGAGUGGAUUUCAUCUGGCUUGAUUCCAAAGUUCUUAAGACCACUAAUUGAGAGAAUUCGUUAUACAUCAAUUUUAAUAUCUACUCAACAAUAUAUUCUGCAUUAUUAGUUGUCUUUUUGGCCUUGUCCUUUACGUUUGUCCCUGUUACUAAUUAUACAAAUGCAACAAGAUUAUAUGCCAUAGUAUUAUCUCUCUAAUUUAUCAAAUAUAUAUAUCAGCAAAUCUAACCAAAGAUUUCUUGGACCGACCAUCUCAUCAUCAUCCCUCUCUCUCUCUUUCUCUAGUCUACCCAUUUCCUACUCUUAUAGAACAACUUAUUUCCUUUUGUGUAAAACUCAAAUAAGAACUUGUAUAAAGAAACAGAUCAUUAAGGAUUUGAGAUUUGAUAUCUCCAUGGAUUUAUCAAGUCUUUGAGUUUCAGACUGGAAUCGAAGCCUCAGAGUAAAAGAGAAAACAAAAGCUGAUCUUGUGCUUAUCAUAGCAUGAAGAAACUUGAAUCUCUCAUCUCAGUCUCUUUUGUAGUCCGAUUCGAACAUAAACCAGAGCAAUAAGAAGAAGAAGAAGAACCUUAAAGGAGAGUCAAAAAAAGAUUUGUGCAUCUGUUUCUAAAGCGUUUACAGAUGGCUAGAUUCUUACUUGAGACGCAAGCUACCCCGACUAUUUCAGCUACUGAUGCAAAUCCUAGAACCUUAGGAGACUCUGUCAGCAACAAGAAGAAUAUAGCUAGCAUGGAUACACACAUGGUGAUCGUACUAGCCGCUCUUCUAUGCGCCUUGAUCUGUGCUCUUGGCAUCAAUUCGGUCUUGCGCUGUGUCUUACGCUGCACAAGAAGGUUCACUCCCGACGAAGAUCCAGUUGACACUAACGCAAACGUAAACGUAGCAAAGGGGAUCAAGAAACGGGCGUUGAAGCUUAUUCCGGUUGAUUCAUACAGUCUUGAGCUUAAGAUGAAAGCCACAGAGUGUUUGAUCUGUUUAGGAGAUUUUGUUGAAGGAGAGACAGUUAGGGUUUUGCCCAAAUGUAACCAUGGCUUCCACGUCAAGUGCAUCGACACUUGGUUGCUGUCACAUUCCUCUUGCCCCACUUGCAGACAAUCACUCCUCGAACAUCAGACUCCAGCUAAUGGCUCCCGGCGGGGUGAUGACGUGGCAACGUAACAGAGCUUCAUGAGGUCACUUUCAAUGUUGAGUUUUUGCUUCACCUAAGUAGGUUUUUUUCUUUCUGGUUUGGUAUAUAUAUAUAUUUGUUUUGUUUGUAAAUUACUGUUUACAAUUAGGGAAGUUUAUCCACAAUUUACUUAUAUAAUCUUCUAAGUUUUGGCUUUUCAAGUUUGAUUUGGUUUUUGAUUGACUUUGGUUUUCAGAAUUGUUUAGCCUUUAACGAAAUCUUUUUUCGGUUCGCCUCAGUCAGUUUUUUGUUCAGGUUUGAAUAAAAUAAAUUUUUUGAGAAAAUUGAUUUGCUUCGAUUCGUUUCUGUACUCAAUUUUGUUUUUUUUAGUUAAUGUGAUUGUGACCUAAAUGUAUUGUUCAUUCGGAUGAACAGAAGUUAAUAAAAAAGUUUGGGCCAUUAGGCAACUGGAAAAAAAAGGCCAAGCACA